ACACACACACACACACACACACAGUUAUACACGAUGAGCCUCACGACGACCGGCUUGCUUGUCGGGCACAAGCAGAGCGUCACCUUCCUGGCGGCCCUGGACCCGGUGGCCACCAAUGCCGACCUGGCCUCGGGCUCGGCCGACGGGACGGCCCUUCUGUGGGACCUGCGCAAGCCCGGCGCAGUGGGAUGUCUGGCCCCCGGGCGCGGGCCGAUCGAGGCACUCACCAGCAGCCAGUCAUCGAUUGUCCUAUCGGUGGCCGACGCGCCGGAAGCCAUGCUGGAGUACGAUGUCCGGAUGCCCGAUCGGCCGAUGGUCCAGCGCAUGCCCUCACGCGUCUUGGCCUCGGCCGAGGGCGCCCCCCGGCGCGGGGCCCCGGCUCCGAGCAAGAAGGCCCGGGCCGCGGCGGCCGCGGCUGCUCCCGUCGGCUCGACCGCCGCCCGGGUGACCGCCGCCGCGCUGUCUCCCUCCGGCCGGCGUCUGGUCAUUGGCGACGCGGAUGGCCGGGUGCGGACGGUUCUCUGGCCAGAGGCCGGUCCGGACGCAACCCUGCGCCCGGCUCCGACUGCCCGGCUUCCCGACACCCUGGCCCCGAGCGCGGUCCCCUGGCGUCCGCUUCCGAAUGCCCACUCUUCGCUCAUCAGCUGCAUCACUUUCCGCCCGACGAAGCCGGAUAUCGUUUUCACCGGCGGCCUUGAUUCCACCAUCACCAUGUGGGCAUGUGCCACGCGAAACCCGCUCCAUGUCUGGCCGAUGCCGGACCUCCUGGGGCCCGGGGUCUUUGCCAACCCGAGCGUCAACCCGCCUGUGGUCAAUGACAUGGUGUGCUCGACUGAUGGGCGCUUCCUGCUGGCGGCCCUCGGCAGUGGGGCCACGGCCGUCGUGGACUUGACGCCCUUCGAGGAUGGCGCCGGGCCGGAUGCUCCCUACGAGACCCCCUGUGUGGCUGGCCUUGUCGGGCACUCGUACAGUGUCAAUUGUGUGGAGCUGGUCCCGCGUGGCGGCGGCAACGACCCCUCGGACUUCCUCAUUGUGACCGCCUCGAAUGAUCGAUCCUUGGCCGUGUGGCCGAUCGGCCCGGCGGCGGCGCUUGCUUCGGACGGUGCACCGGCCGGCGCGUGCCAGGGCCCCGACAGCCAGAUUGACAGCCGCCCCACCCUCUCGGCUCUGCCCUUCAGCCCGAAUGCCUUGCUGGCAACCGGCGGCGGUGCUCGGCAUCCCGGGUCUGGGGCUCGGCGCCCGGCCGGCGAAUUUGUCCUCGCCGGUGCUGACACAUUCAUUCCGAUCUUCCGCCUGGCCGAGUAGAGGCCUGGCCACAUGUCUCACUUCACACCGAUACAUGGAAAUGGGCAAGCAAACA